CAGCGUUUGCUGACUUUAACGAAGGAGAUAUCAAUUUCAUGCCUACUUACAAAUACGACAACGGAACCGAUAAUUACGACACAAGCGAGAAGAAUCGCAUACCAGCCUGGACAGAUAGAAUUUUAUUCCGUGGAAAGAAUAUACAAUUGAAACGAUAUUCACGAGCUGAGAUACGUAUUUCUGACCAUAGACCCGUGUUGGCAUUAUUCAGCAUUGAGAUUACCAAAUAUGACGAAUUGGCGAAGGAGCGGAUAAAAGAAGAACUGUAUACAAAGAAGAAGUUAACUGUCGAGGUUACUGAAAUUGAAACCUCGCAAAUAGCCGUGAAAGAGGGAACCGAGUCAUUGGCGAUUUCCGAAGAAAUCGGGACAGAUUGCCCUUGUGAUGUUACUAGCUCGACGAGUGAAGGUGAUGCUGCUGAAGCGACAUCUGCUACAACAAAGUUGUUGGAUAAUACGGAGUCUUCUCAAGGCGAGUUUUCUGAAUCAAUACUUGCUCCCAACGAAAAAUAA